UAAGAGUCUGCAAGAAAAUAGAUACAGUUAGAAAUGAGUGGUUAUGUCAGAAAAAGUUUAACUAUUUGAGUGUGAGUGAGGAGGUCUGAAUGGAAGGCAUCUUUUAAGGGAGACAUUUGGGGGUUUGUAAUUUUACUCUGGUUUUUACUUAGAAUAUUUUUAACUAUUGUCUACCAUCCUGAACCAUGAGGAAAGGCAACAAUGGUGCCUAGUGUCAAGAGAGUGCGAGAACGCGACAACUCCAGUGCCGAGACCCUUCCUGAGGAUCCCGCCCUGGACCAGAAGAGCUACCAGUGCCCGGUAUGUGGCAAAAGCUUCCAGCGGAGCCCCAACCUUCUCACUCACCAACGCAUCCACACUGGCGAGAGGCCUUACCAAUGCCCGCAGUGUGGGAGAUGCUUUAGCCAGCAGUCGAGCCUCACCAUCCACCGGCGCAUCCACACGGGGGAGCUGCCCUACCCGUGCCCGCAGUGUGGGAAGCGUUUCCGCCAGAGCUCGAACCUCCUGAAGCACAAGCAGCUCCACGCGGGCGUGAGGCCCCACCUGUGCUCCGAAUGCGGGAAGCGUUUCGCUCAGCGCUCCAACCUGCUCACCCACCAGCGCGUCCACACCGGAGAGAUGCCUUUCCUGUGCUCUGAAUGCGGGGAGACGUUCCGGCAGCACCGGAGCCUCCUCCUCCACCAGCGGCUCCACAAGGGCGGCGGCUCCUGGGGCUACGAUUGCCUCGAGUGCGGGAAAACUUUCGCCCAGAGCUCAGACCUGGUGAAGCACCUGCGCGUCCACACGGGGGAGAUGCCCUACAGCUGCCUCUACUGCGGGAAGAAGUUCCGCUACGUUUCCAACCUCAACAGGCACCGAAGAACCCACACCGGGGAGAAGCCCCACGCUUGCCGGCAGUGCGGGGAGUGCUUUAGCCACUUGUCCAGCCGGAAUAUGCACGAGAAGGUCCACACGGGCGAGAGGCCCUACGGGUGCGCUGAAUGUGGGAAGAGAUUCGUGUCCAGCUCCAAGCUCGUCAGGCACCUGAGAAUCCACUCCAAGGAGGUGUCGUAUAUCUGCAACGAGUGCGGGAAAACCUUCCUUUGCCACCUGAACCUCCUGAGACACCAGCGAGUCCACAGGCCUCGCAAUUCCUGUUUAGAAGAAAAGCCAAGUUGAUGAACUAAAGGGCCUCGCAAGCUUAAAGCCCGCCCCCCCCCUUCUCUCUGCCAGGUGUGCCUGGCUGCGUCUGAAAGCAAAAUGCUUCUCUUGAUGGGCAUCUGGUCUGAUCCAGGAACUCCAGGAAGGCCUUCAUUAGGCCCGUUCACUUCUUGUUGCAGAAGAAUCCAAAGGAACUGCACGUCUUCCUACAAAAUAUUGAGGACUUUGUGGCUUUGGGGAGUCCUUUUCUCUAGGUUUUCAGCAUGUUCAUUUAACAUCUAACAAGCUUGCUGGGCCAAAUUGCCACAUAGCUCCACUGAGCAACUAGUGAUGUGGGAAGACUUUAGGAGCUACUCAGAACUGAAUUGGAGCUCUUGUGUGUACUGUUACUUAGCAUGAUCAAAUGCAAAAGAGAUUAUGGGUUUCUGGUCCAAGAGGCUCAUAACUCAGUCUACUCCUACUGUUGUUUAAAGUUUGUUGGCAAGGCUGAGUUCCUGUUGGAGGGACAGCAGCUACUUUGUGAUGGCUGUAACUCUCAAAAUCUCCAGUGCUUUGGAAGUGAGCCUUAUUAAUGUCUGUGGAACUUACUUCUAGCCAAUGGCUUAACGCUGGAAGUACACUUAUUCUCUGCAGCCUGUGUAAGGGUGCAUAGUGAGGACUGUGUUAUGCUGCAGUUGUUUGCUGUGGUUGCACAAGUGUGUGUUUCCAUAUGUAGUAAGAAUGGAAGGAAUGUAUGUGCAGUGAAGACUUAAGGAAGACUUCUUGGCUGGUGUCCAUGGGUGCUCAGAAAUAUACUUUUCCUGCGUAAGGAAAUGGCUAUGUAGCAAUGAGAACCAUAACUUUGGUACAAAAUGCAAAAUGCGAAAGUGACUUAAGAAAAUGUAAAACUACUGAGUAUAAGGUGUGUGUGACUGACUAAAGCUACUCCCAAGAAAGCUGGGAGAAAAAGAAAAAUCCUCUGCAAGUUAUAAAAAAUGGCCAGCAGUGGGGAAGCUCUUGAACGCCUAUAGAUUAUAUAUGCUGGCAGAGGGGGGGGGGGGGGGGGGAAAUAGAAGGAACAUGUUAUCUUUUUUUUUUGGUAUUGAUAAUCUCCCCCCCCCCCUUGAUGUCCGCAACAGUUGGGUUUCUGAAAAUGAAGUCUACCUAUUUUUCUCAAACAGCCUGCAGACCCUUCAUUUUUCUUUUUAAUUUCUGCAGGUAACAGUUUGAAAUUUUUGGUGCUUGAAAUGUUUUGUGCCUUGUGCUUAAAAGGUGACUUCUUUGGGGGGUUAUUUUGGUGUACGUGUGUGUGCACAUACAUUUCCUCUACAAUAAAUGUCGAAAACUCAAA